GGGAUAGGAUCAGGCGGGCGGCCUGCCUGUGCGACACGGUUCCUCGCCAGAGGGAAGGGAGAAAGGAAAGGAUCCGCCACCACGGCAGGUAGUAGAGGCUACGGCCGUCAGCGGGACCGCUCACCAUGAAAUAGGCUACCUGGUGCCUUUCACUCUCCCUGACCUCCAUAGUUCCAACUGUUUGGAGGAAGAAACUGCCAAAGUCCAUCGGAAGAGAGAACAGUGAGAGAUUUCUCGGUGAGAAAAUGAGCACCUAUAACGUCACCCUCAAUGGCGCUGCACCCUGGGGUUUCCGCCUGCAGGGGGGCAAGGAUUUCAACAUGCCCCUGACCAUCUCCAGGAUCACCCCUGGCAGCAAGGCGGCGUCUGGUAACCUGGUGCAGGGUGAUAUCAUCGUGGCCAUCGAUGGCGUGGGCACUGACGGCAUGACUCACCUGGAGGCCCAGAACAAGAUCAAGUGCGCCAUGAACCUGGCACUCACCAUGACCAGGUCAAAGCGCCCUGCCAGCGUGAGCGUGGGUAUGCACGUCCCAAGAAUCGAUGGGGCCAUGCCUGUCAUCCCCCACCAGCAGAGUUGGGAACAGUUGUACCUCUUUUUGGAGAUUCUUCUUCGUCUAAAAGGCUUCUUCAGUUGCACCAUUCUGCGGAUCCACAGAAUAUCUCCUUCAUUUUUCCCAUCCUAUCCACCAAAGGAGCACAUAAAUGGCAGCCCUGUGCCCCCAGCUGAGGUGGCGAGUUCGCCCCAGCUCCCUGUCUCCUCGCCCGGUAAUGCCCAGUCCCCGAGCCCUGCUAAGAAGAAGCAGUACAACACCCCCAUCGGGCUCUACUCCGAGGAGACCCUGAGGGAGAUGGCCAUGUGGCAGCAGAGCCAGAAGGCUGCCAAGGGCUCUGGGGGUGGCGAAGCAGGGGGUGACGGAGGAGAUGGCGCUGGUGCUGGGUUUUUGAUGGGGUAUGUUAUCUCCAACACUCCUGCAGGCAACGAGUACCUCCCCAAUUUCAACCCCACUGCUUUGAAGGACUCGGCCUUGUCCACCCAUAAGCCCAUAGAGGUGCCCGGCCCCGGGGGCAAGGCCACCAUCAUCCAUGCCCAGUACAACACCCCCAUAAGCAUGUACUCCCAGGACGCCAUCAUGGACGCCAUCGCCGGCCAGACCCAGGCACGGGGUACCGGUGAGGAAGGGGACUCCCCCUUGUCUUCUGUCCCAGUUAAAGACCGUGUUGUAGACAGUGCUUCCCCAGUCUAUCAGGCAGUCAUCCGCAAGAAGGACACCACCAACGAGAUUGAGGAGGAGACUCGCAGGGCCGUGCACCACCAGUCCAGGUCCUUCCAAGUCCUGGCCCACAUCACCGGCACUGAAUACUUGCAAGACCCAGAUGAGGACAAGCUGAUGGCGUCAAGCUCCCCUAUCGAGCAUGCUCCAGUCUCCGUCUGCCUUGCUCCUGCCGCUUCGCCCAAUCAGCCUGCUUCUGACUCAGAGUGCCUAGCCAGUCAGGUGCCAGAGCCUGAUGCUCCCCCAAGUCCAGAACCCGCCCCCGUUUCCCCUACCCCUGAUGAAAGCUAUGAGUCCACCCCACAGGCUGAGGCCAUGGUGGAGGCUGUAUCGCCUCCAGGGGCCCAGCCCCAGGCCCAGCCUCAGUCCCAGUCCGAACCUGAGGCCCCUGAGCCUGAGGCCCCUGAGCCUGUGGCCCCUGAGCCUGUCGCCUCCCAACCUCAGCCUGUGGUCCCUGUGCCACCUGCUGUUCCCCCCAGGAGGGGCGCUCACCCUCUGUCCCACGCUGCCACCCAUAUCUCAACCGCACUGACUGCGAAGUCUAGAAACCAUGCUUAUAAGCGUGGCCCCCCUCCCAAAUCAGCACUGGAGGCCUUGCAAAUCACGCCGAUGUUCCGCACCAGAAAUUUGCCUAAACGAGAGCGUACUCUUCCCUCGGGAAAACCAAAGCACCUGAGCUACAGUAUGCAGUCCACCUCUGGCUACACCUCCCACUUCUCAACCUCCCUGUCCAGCCAUGGCCAGUAUAUGGCAGGCCCACCCAUGCAUGCCCCAAUGCAGCCGCCCCAGAUGCAGAUGCCACCCAUGGGCUACCCGCCCAUGCAACCACCACCUAUGCAGCCGCCACCCAUGCAUCCCCCUCCCAUGCAGCAGAGCUCCAUCCAGAUCCCCAUGGGCCCACCACAGCCACAGCCCAAGAUGGUCAGCACUGCCACCAUCAUGCCUUCUUACCCCGCCGCACCAGGUCCUGCUCCUGUCCCACCCCCAGCUCCUGCACCGGCUCCCAUGCCUGCUGCUGUUCAAAUCCCUGUGAUGACCGCCCCAGCUCCAGCUCCAGCCCCAGCCCCAGCCCCGGUCGCCCCUUCUCCCGCUCCCCCUGCUCCCGAGGCGGCUGCAGCCUCCAACCGCCCUCCCUGGGUGACGGACGACACCUUUGCGUCCAAGUUCGACCCGGGCAAGACCACCACCAGCGUGAAGGUGCAGCCCCUGCCCCAGGCUGCGCCCCCUCCCCCUGCCUUCAUCCCCACCCCGGCCCCCUCCAGCGGUCACUCCCAGGCCCCGUCGCCCUUCAUCCCCGCCCCCUUCACACCCGUGGCCAGGGGUGUGGCCCAGAGGGCAGAGCGCUUCGCUGCGGGCAGCAGGACCCCCAUGUGUGGGGCGUGCAAUGCCAUCAUCAGAGGACCUUUCCUGGUGGCUCUGGGUCGCUCCUGGCAUCCUGAGGAGUUCAACUGCCACUACUGCCACAUGUCUCUGGCGGACGCCAGCUUCGUGGAGGAGCAGAACAACGUGUACUGUGAGAACUGCUACGGGGAGUACUUCGCUCCCUCAUGUGCCCGCUGCAACACCAAGAUCAUGGGGGAAGUGAUGCAUGCUCUGAGGCAGACCUGGCACACCACCUGCUUCGUGUGUGCCGCCUGCGGGAAGGCCUUUGGCAACAGCCUCUUCCACAUGGAGGACGGGGAGCCUUACUGCGAGAAAGAUUACAUUGCCCUCUUCAGCACCAAGUGCCAUGGCUGUGACUUCCCUGUGGAGGCCGGGGACAAAUUCAUUGAGGCCCUUGGCCACACCUGGCACGACACCUGCUUUGUCUGUGCGGUGUGCCAUGUGAACCUGGAGGGCCAGCCUUUCUACUCCAAGAAGGACAAGCCCCUGUGCAAGAAGCAUGCUCAUGCCAUCAACGUCUAGACGACUUAACAAACAAACAACAACAAACAAACAAACCACAUGGCCAAUAACGCCAUAAUGUGCCAUAUGCCAUGAAGCUGUGCUGGCAAAAAAACACACUAAUCUAAAACAGAACAACUGUGUCAGUCAAAGUACAAAUACCAUAUUUGACUUGGAUCUAUGACAUGAUGAGUCUAACGUGACAACGCCACAAUGAGAAUGAUAGUUAAUCGUCAAAGCCAUAAGUGACCCGCAGGCAGUGAUGUGCAACCUGGAUUCCUUAGUGACAAUCCAGUGCCACAUAUUCCAAAUUACCUGUUUUUACCUGUCCAAUUCAACCAGGUAAUCAUUACAUUGGUUUCACCUGGUUGAAUUGGACUGGUAAAGCUGGGUCUGUUUGGAAUAUGUGGCACUGGAUUGUAAAACUAAGGAAUACAGUUUGCCCAUCACUGCCUAGUGAAGUGCUGUAUUUUAUUUAUUGUUUAUUUGCGCUAAUUUAUGACCGUGCUAUUGACACAAAUCACUGUCCAACCACUGUCACAUUAUAGCGACGGCAUUUGAUCAGUUCGUAGCUGAAAAGAGGCCGUUUCCUGUCUGCAUGAAUGACAGUUCAUUCACAUGCACUCAUGCACUACUGCCAGAAUAGGAGGUUGCACAGGAGUAUGCAUGUUGCGCAAUAUUACCAUGCUUCUCUUAAUCAUUUUUCAUAGCCCCUCAAAACACUUCUUUUCACAUUUCGACACAUUUCAACCACAAACAUUACAUUAAGUGUGAAAAUUGUAUCUUUCACUCUGUCACCCUCCUUAGCUCUGUGUUUAAAACUAUGCGGCCCUCUGUACGUGUAUCUGUGGUCUUUAUUUAUUUUUUACAAAAUCAGACAAGACAGAUUCACAUUUCAGGACAUUUCCUAAAGCCAAACUUACAAAAGCUUACUUUUAUAUGCGUGUAAUGUGCCUUCACCUUUGGCCUAAGUACUGUAUAUGCUGUAAUUGGGUUUUGCCCUGAAAAAAUGCAUGGUUUCUUCUCUGUGUCAACAUACAAGGUCAAAAUCACACGUUAUUUCACACUCACUGUUUACUAAAGUAUGCAAGUGCAGUGCUCUGACAGGCUCAUUUUAUACACUGUAUCAAUAUGUACUUUGUGUGAGGUGCUUGUGUGGUGUGCGUGUCUGUGUGUGUGUGUGUGUGUGUGUGUGUGUGUGUGUGUGUGUGUGUGUGUGUGUGUGUGUGUGUGUGUGUGUGUGUGUGUGUGUGUGUGUGUGUGUGUGUGUGUGUGUGUGUGUGUGUGUUAUGUGUGCAUCAGUAUUACCAUGUUUGUGAUUGUGACUGUGUCUGUGUGUGCCUCUGUGUGCGACAUACUUGUCUUUUAAGUGAAAUAUUACAAAGGACACUGCCUUGGUUGUUUUCAAGUGUUUUCAUCUGAUAGACUGAUUAAACUACAAAUUGCGAGGAAUUCAAAUGAUGUGAAGUUUUUGGCCGUGAUUUUGUAUUGUGUUCUGCCAUGGAGUGCGAAGAAUCUGAAUACUUUAGUAAUACAUUGCUCAUAACUGUUUUUGGUUGAGAAUUUAGGGUUGUUUUUUUCGUCAGCUGCUGAACAGUUGUAACAGCUAAGUGUGAGUGAUCUUUCCAGCUUAUUUGACCACGUUACAACUACAAGUGCACUGAAAUAGUGCGCAAACAUAGUUUACACUCUGACGGUUUUUUAAAAUCUUUUUGUUGGGUAAAGAAAAGGACUUAAUGCUGUUGUUAUGCAAGGACGAAUGAAAUGUUUAUAACAAGUAUGAUGGGUUUUGGUGAGGCUGGGUUGUAAAAAAGAUCUUUGUUUUGAAGUAGUGCAGGUUAUUUCAAUGAAUAAUCUUAAUGAAUACACAGUAUACCGGUACAUGGAGAAUUCUGUAAGAUCAAAUGGGUGAGUCUUGAAAUUCACAUGUUCGAUAUGUCUUGAUUAUCGUGAUUAUAUAACACUGUCAGUCAGUUCCGUUGUGAUGAUUAGUGUCACAUUGGAUCAGUGGGCUUCUGAAGGAUAAAUUCACUCAACAAAGUGAAUGUGGAGGGUUCGCUGUAAAACAUUGCAAGCCAGUUAAAGUUAAGCUGCUGUUAAGCUGCUGUUAAUUUCCUGUUUAACUUGCUGAAAUGUUUUACAGUGUAGGCUUUGCAUAAAAAAAUCUAAACAAAACGGAGGAAGUAAAAUUUAGCAGCUAUAUUCAAAUGUUUUUUUUUUCCAUCUGUAUUCCCCUACUCUGUUGUGCUUCACACAACAUUCCCUGCCAGUCUACUUCCCUCUUCACAUCAUCACAUCCAUUCCACCACAGUUAGCAAGACUACAGCCCAGAUGUAGACUUCCUUAUUCAUGAAUAUCCUCUCAUGUUUGCCUUCACUUUUGCCUUCUCCAUCAUACCCAGCAGUCUCGUGUGUGUGUUUUGUACCAAUGUUAUGAAAUCUACAGUACCCAUCAUUUGUAUAAGUUGAUUAAGAAGUUGAUUAAGGCCUCUGGAGGGUCCUUCAUGUGUGACACCCUAACUUUUUUGUUUCUUUUUUCCUCCCCCCUGCUCUUCUUCUUUUUUGCGCUGCUGUACUUUUUCACUGUAGCUUAAGCCUGCAGUUUUCUUUCAGUUGUGUCAUUAUUAGGAUUGUGCACCAGUUGCUUGGCAAGACUGAGUAGCUAUAUAUAAAUAUACAAAACUACAACACAAUAUCAACAAUGAAGAGAAUGUUUGGUUGUUUUCAGCAUGAAGAGACAAGUUCUCUAAUGGCAAUUUAUUUGCUUAUUUUAGGUGUUUUUUUUUUUUUUUUAAACGCGUUCAGUAAUAUUACCUUGAUAUGGCCUUGACUUUAGCUAUGUGUACUGUAACAUGCUUUGUAUGCCACUGUAGGUCAUUUAGGACUAGGGGCGGGGUUCUUUUUUUAUUUGAGACAAAACAAUUGCCACUUUAUUUACAAAGUUACACAUUUAACCAUCAAAAAUGCCUUGUUAAAUACAGUGAAUUAAUAGAGCUGUGAAGAUAAGCAUACUGUUGCGGCCCUUUUGAUGGCCUUUGGCCUCAGGUGCUGAUACAAAAUGAGGAAAAUAGGCCUACCAAGAAAUAAUGUGUAAUGCUUCAACAUGGUACAGCAGUGUUAUCGCCUAUUUACAUGGCAAAGAGGAUGGACUCAUCCUCAAAGAUGAAUGGUCGGCAAACAGACAUUUUUUUAACAUGCAUGUUUAUUUCUCACAAUCCACAAAUAUUUUGAAUGUCUGUGUCCUACUCACCAAAUAUAGAAAUGGUAUUCACAGUAGCCUAUAAGAAUUUGUCAGCUGUUUGCUUUGCAUUCAAUGCAGGGAGAACUGCUGAUUCCUUUUUUGUACAUUGAUGAGCUGAUUGAAGCAUGCUGUUGAUUAAAAUUAAAGGCUAGCCAGAGACAAAACUUCAACCAUGGAAGGAGAUGUUUUUUAAUCACAUGACAUAAAGGGGGGAAAUAUGUUUUUGCAUCAUCCCUUCAGUUUUGUUCUUGAAAAUGUUCAGAUACCUGUGCACUGUUACAUGUCAAUUUGAUUGUUUGACUCGAGCAAAGAGUAAUAAAAUCUAUGUAUCAAGUA